AUGAAGGCCGCCCGCUACGACCCGAGCACCGGCAAGGUCGAGGUCCAACGCAUACCUCUGCCUCAGCUCGAGAAUGACCUGAUGCUGGUCAAGACAAUCAGCUCAGGACUCUGUCACUCCGACAUGCUCGUCCUUCACGGCAAGGCGCCGUUUACGGAGGACAAGGCAGUCACCAUCGGGCAUGAGGCCGUUGGCGAGGUGAUCGAGAUAGGACGCGACGUCAAGGACAUUUUCAAGGUCGGCGACAAGGUCGGCUUUCUGAAUGGCCUGCGGGCGUGCUGGAAGUGUGAGGGUUGCGCCAAGUACUACGCCUUCUGCGAGGCAGGAAAGUUCAAAAUGCAAGGUUUCGCCUGCGACGGCUUUCUGCAAGAGUACAUCCUUGUGGAUCCGAAUGCGGCCUUUGUCCUGCCCAGCGGUGUUGAUCCCCGAAAGUUCGCUCCGAUUUGCUGUGCAGGGAUCACCUCGUACAACAGUGUCAAGGUGGCCAAGUUAGAAAAGUGCCAGUGGAUAGGAAUGGUCGGAUGCGGUGGUGUUGGCCAACUUGGCAUACGCUAUGCCGUCGCCAAAGGGCUGAACGUGGUGGCCAUCGACAUCGACGACUCCAUCCUGGAAACGGCCAAACAGGCCGGCGUCAAACACAUAAUCAAUUCCCGUACCAACCAAAAUGCCGUGGAAGAGAUCAAGAAACUGGUGCCACACGGCCGGGGAGUCGACGCGGUCGUGGUCUACGCUGGCGUCAACGCUGGAUAUCGCUUUGGACAGCAGAUCGUCAAGACUGGCGGACGGUUUGUCAGUGUCGGUGUGCCAGAAGGGGAGAUCAGCUUCCCGGCUCACGAAGUACCCUUGGAGAGAUAUACCAUUCACGGAGCGAGUAAUCAUGGCACUCGACCAAUGUUUACUGAAUGCGCCCAGUUCACCAAGGACCAUGGAAUCGAAAGCCCUAGCCAGCUCUUCAAGAUUGAACAGAUUGGGGAGAUGAUCACCCUCAUGGAGGAGGGCAGGAUGCAGGGUAAGAGACUGAUUGUGGACUUUUCCUCUUAA